GGGUUCAGCAUUAAUAGAAUCUUAAAUAUUGUAGGAAUUAUAAGCAUAAUGCAUAGCAGAAAAAUAGGAUCAUGAAUAACAAACAUUUCUACUGCUGAGAUUAUCCUAAGGAUGGAAUAGGUAAAAAGUAAACAACAACUUCCUAUAGAAUAGCACAACAGCUAUUUAUUUAAAACAAUUGUCAACAGUUUCUUCCCUCCACACAUAAAAACACUGCAACCUUCCCCUUCCUCUCUCCCUCCAAAUUAAAACUUCAUCAAUGGCUGCUGAGAAGAGCAAGAUCUUGAUCAUCGGAGGUACAGGAUACAUCGGAAAAUUUAUAGUGGAAGCGAGUGCGAAGUUAGGCCACCCGACCUUCGCCUUGGUUAGGGAAAGCGCGAUCUCUGAUCCUGUUAAGGGAAAACUAAUUGAAAACUUCAAGAGCUUGGGAGUCGCAUUGAUUUUUGGAGACCUAUACGACCAUGAAAGCUUGGUGAAGGCGAUUAAGCAGGUCGAUGUGGUGAUAUCGACUGUAGGUCAGUUGCAAAUAGCAGAUCAGGUCAAAAUUAUCGCUGCCAUUAAAGAAGCUGGAAAUGUUAAGAGAUUUUUACCUUCGGAGUUUGGAACUGACGUUGAUCGUGCACAUGUUGUGGAGCCAGUAAAAUCUACAUUUGCAAUCAAGUCCCAAAUCCGCCGUGCAAUUGAGGCGGAAGGGAUCCCCUACACAUUUGUGUCUGCCAACGCCUUUUCUGGCUAUUUUCUCCCUACUCUGUGUCAGCUUGGAGUCACUGCUCCUCCUAGAGACAAGGUCACCAUCUUUGGAGAUGGAAAUCCCAGAGCUGUUUUUAAUGACGAACACGACAUUGGAACGUAUACCAUAAGAACCAUAGAUGACCCAAGAACCUUGAACAAGAUCCUUUACAUCAAGCCGCCUAGAAACGCUCUUGGAAUUAAUGAACUUGUUGCGAUUUGGGAGAAGUUGAUUGGGAAAACCCUGGAGAAAAAAUAUGUUUCAGAGGAGCAACUUCUGAAGGACAUCCAAGAGUCUCCACUUCCAAUGAACAUUAUUCUGGCGAUCCACCACUCAGCCUUUGUGAUAGGUGAUCUCGACAACUUUGUGAUUGAGCCGUCGUUUGGAGUAGAGGCCUCUGAGCUAUACCCAGAUGUCGAAUACACCACUGUGGAAGAUUACCUCAAACAAUUCGUCUAAAAUGUUUUUUUUUUCCCCAACUCCUCCUCUUGCUAGAAUA